CGCUGUCAGUCAUUCCCCUCCUCGUGCCUCCUCUACUAUCGCUAGAAGAGUCGCUCGGGCGAAAAAAAAAGUCCGACUGAUCGACCUACGGACUACAAACUUUCUCCUAACACCUAUACCUCGAAGAAAUGGACCUGGGAUUAUGGAAUUAAAGCAAGGAGCGCUUGCGAUGGAGAUUUUAUUGCUGGAGCUGCUGCUUUGUUGUAGUCUGACGGCGAUUCGCGGUUCUCCCUUGCUGCUUUUUGCCAACCGGCGGGACGUCCGGCUGGUGGAUGCAGAGGUGGGCCGGACGGAGUCUGCAGUGGUUGUCAGCGAUCUUGAGGAUGCGGCUGCAGUGGACUUUCUCUUCUCAGAGGGCCUGAUAUUCUGGACGGAUGUCAGUGAAGAGGCCAUCAAACAGACCUACUACAACCUCUCUACUAUCUCUAUGAAGGAGGCCACACUGGGCAGAGGGCAGACGGUGGUGGUAUCAGGCCUGGAUUCUCCUGAUGGCUUAGCCUGCGACUGGCUCGGACGCAAACUCUACUGGACCGACUCGGAGACGAACCGCAUCGAAGUGGCCAACCUGGACGGUACUUCUCGUAAGGUGCUCUUCUGGCAAGAUCUCGACCAGCCCAGGGCGAUAGCGUUAAACCCCGCUCAUAGGUACAUGUAUUGGACUGACUGGGGGGAAGAGCCAAGAAUAGAAAGAGCGGGAAUGGACGGCAGCAGUCGACAAAUAAUUGUCCAGAAGCAAAUUUACUGGCCCAAUGGACUGACCAUCGACCUCGAGGAGCAGAAACUCUACUGGGCGGAUGCCAAGCUCAGCUUCAUCCACAGGGCCAACUUGGACGGAACGGCUCGGGAGGUCGUUGUGGAGGGUUCCCUCACUCACCCAUUCGCCCUCACGCUUUAUGAAAAGACGCUCUACUGGACAGACUGGCAGACCCGAUCCAUCCACGCCUGCAACAAAUACACUGGAGAGAAACGGAGAGAAAUUCUCAGCGGCAUUUACUCGCCGAUGGACAUCCAGGUGCUGGGCCAAGAGCGGCAGCCCAACAUUCAAACCCCAUGCAGUGAAAGAAAUGGAGGCUGUUCCCAUCUGUGUCUUCUCUCCCCCGUGCCGCCCUUCUAUAGCUGUGCUUGUCCAACUGGGGUUAAACUCAAAGAGGAUGGAAAGACUUGUCGACCAGGGGCAGAGCAGGUGCUUCUACUGGCUCGCCGAACUGACCUUCGGCGGAUAUCUCUGGAUUUACCUGACUUCACAGACAUCGUUUUACAAGUCAGUGACAUCCGGCAUGCAAUUGCCAUUGACUAUGACCCAGUGGAAGGUUACGUCUAUUGGACCGAUGAUGAGGUGAGGGCCAUCCGCCGUGCCCAAAUAAACGGAAGUGAUGCUCAGACUUUGGUCACCAACGAGAUCAACCAUCCCGAUGGAAUUGCGGUGGACUGGGUGGCGCGCAACCUCUACUGGACAGACACCGGUACUGAUCGCAUUGAGGUGACUAGACUCAAUGGCACUUCUCGACGCAUUCUCAUAUCUGAGAACUUGGACGAGCCACGAGCCAUCGUGUUGGAUCCCAUAAACGGAUACAUGUACUGGACUGACUGGGGCGAGAUGCCUAAGAUUGAACGAGCAAACCUGGAUGGAACAGACAGGGUUGUGCUGCUCAACACCUCCCUUGGUUGGCCCAAUGGUUUGGCCAUUGACUACAUGGCAGGAAAGCUUUACUGGGGGGAUGCCAAAACGGAUAAAAUUGAGGUCAUUAAUGUGGAUGGCACUAAUAGGAUGACUAUUCUAGAGGACAAACUACCUCAUAUCUUUGGUUUUACGCUUCUGGGGGAGUAUAUCUACUGGACAGAUUGGCAGAGAAGGAGCAUCGAAAGAGUUCACAUCACCAACGCCACUCGUGAGGUCAUCGUCGAACAGCUCCCUGACCUCAUGGGUCUCAAAGCCACAAAAGUCUCAGAGACCUUUGGCACUAACGGCUGUGCAGAAAACAACGGCGGCUGCAGUCAUCUGUGUUUCCAUCGGCCUCAGGGUCUAAGCUGCGCCUGCCCCAUGGGCUUGGAGUUGCUGAGUGACCUGCGUACUUGUGUGGUUCCAGAAGCGUUCCUGCUCUUCACCAACCGCGCUGACAUACGCAGCAUCUCUCUGGGCACCAACAGCAAUGACGUGCCCAUCCCGCUCACCGGGGUCAAGGAGGUCUCCGCGUUGGACUUUGACGUUUUAGAAAACAGGAUCUACUGGACCGACGUCAUCACCAAGACUAUCAGCAGGGCCUUCAUGAAUGGCAGUUCGGUGGAACCGGUUAUCGAGUUUGGCCUGGAUUAUCCUGAGGGAAUGGCUGUGGACUGGAUGGGUCGAAAUCUCUACUGGGCUGAUACCGGCACCAACCGUAUUGAAGUGGCCCGUCUGGACGGCCAGUACCGACAAGUGCUGGUCUGUAAAGACCUGGACAACCCUCGCUCUCUUGCUCUGGAUCCUGCCAACGGGUACAUGUACUGGACCGAAUGGGGCGGUCGACCCAGGAUAGCUCGAGCUCACAUGGACGGCAGUAACAUUGUGACUUUGGUGGACAAAGUGGGCCGAGCCAAUGGACUCACAAUUGACUUCAUUGACCAGCGACUCUUCUGGACAGACCUGGACACCUGCAUGAUUGAGUCCACAAAUAUGCAAGGUUUGCAGAGAGAGAUAGUGGCUGACGAUCUUCCUCAUCCUUUCGGCUUGACUCAGUAUCGCGAUUAUAUCUACUGGACCGACUGGAACCUGCGCAGCAUCGAGCGGGCGGACAAACGCAGUGGCUUGAACCGGACAGUGGUCCAAGGGCACCUGGAGUAUGUCAUGGACAUCCUGGUUUUCCACUCGUCCAGACAAGAUGGCGCCAACGAGUGUUCGCAGAACAACGGCCAGUGUGCCCACCUCUGCCUAGCAUCACCCUCUGGAGCCCAGUGCCGCUGCGCUUCUCACUACACCCUGGAGGCAAACGGACGCAACUGCAGCUCGCCCUCUAGCUUCCUGCUCUUUAGCCAGAAGAGCUCUAUCAGUCGAAUGGUCCUGGGAGAACAGAGUCCAGACAUGAUUCUACCCAUCCACGUUAUGAAGAACUUGCGCGCUAUCAGCUUCGACCCUCUGGAACGUCUGGUUUAUUGGGUGGACGGCCGACAAAACAUCCGCAGGGCCAGAGACGACGGCAGUCAGGCAUCCACAGUGAUGACUCCAACCAACCUCCACCAGAAACAGCCUCAUGACUUGAGCCUGGACCCCUACAGUCGCACCGUGUACUGGACCUGCGAGACCACCAACACAAUCAACAUCCAUCGCAUGGACGGCCACGUGAUCGGGGAGGUCCUGAAGGAUGACGUGGACAAGCCACGCGCUAUCGUGGUGAACGCAGAGAAAGGAUACAUGUAUUUCACUACUGUCCAGGAUCGCUCGGCUAAAAUCGAAGGUGCUUCUUUGGAUGGGACGGAGCGUGAGUCCCUGUUCACAACCGGUUUGAUCCGCCCCGUGGCUCUGGCGUUGGACAACAAGCUGGGCAAACUGUUCUGGGUGGACGCAGACCUGAAGAGGAUUGAAAGCAGCGACCUGUCUGGGGCCAAUCGUAUCGUUCUCCAGGACUCGAACAUCCUUCAGCCUGUCGGUCUGACUGUGUUGGGUGAUCACCUGUACUGGAUCGACAAACAGCAGCAGAUGAUCGAAUGCGUGGAUAAGCUGACCGGAGAGAAGAGGACACGCAUCCAGGGGCGACUCCAGUACCUGACCGGCAUCCAUGCCGUGGAGUACAUGGAGCCGGAGGAGUUUGGUAAAUUCUUAUAUUUAGCUUUGUUACAAAAAUCUGCAUCCCACCCUUGUUCCCGUGACAACGGAGGUUGCUCCCACAUCUGCAUUGCUAAGGGUGAUGGGACGCCACGCUGCUCAUGUCCCAUGCACCUGGUGCUGCUUCAAAAUCUGCUCAGCUGUGGAGAGCCUCCCACCUGCUCGAGCGAGCAGUUCACCUGCGCCACCGGUGAGAUUGACUGCAUCCCCAUGGCGUGGCGCUGUGACGGCAUUGCUGAGUGCGCAGACCACAGCGACGAGAUGAACUGUCCCAUCUGCUCCGAACUGCAGUUCCAGUGCGACAAAGGCCAAUGCGUGGACUCCCAGCUGCGCUGCAACGGAGAACCUGACUGUGCGGACGGCUCUGAUGAACAGGAUUGCGACACCAUUUGCAUGCCUAAUCAGUUCCGCUGUGGCAACAACCAGUGUAUUCUGAAGAAACAGCAGUGUGACUCCUUCGCAGACUGCACGGACAAAUCGGAUGAGCUUUUCUGUGAUUUCCCUUCGCCCCCCAACGACAUUCCACGUCACACCAGCACCAUCGGCCCCGUCAUCGGCAUCAUCCUCUCUGUCUUCGUGAUGGGAGGCAUGUGUUUUGUGUGUCAGAGAGUUGUGUGCCGCCAUUACAAGGGCCCCAACGGAGGCUUCCCACACGAGUACAUCAGCGGGACCCCUCACGUGCCUCUUAACUUCAUUGCACCCACAAAUUCACAGCACGGUACUUUUACAGGUAUUUCCUGUGGGAAGUCCAUGAUGAGCUCAGUGAGUCUCAUGGGCAGCAGCAGCAGUGGGGCACCUCUCUACGACAGAAACCAUGUGACGGGAGCAUCAUCCAGUAGCUCUUCCAGCACCAAAGGAGCUUUUUACCCUCAGAUGCUCAACCCUCCUCCAUCACCAGCGACAGAUCGCUCACUGUACAACGCAGAAGUCUUUUAUUCAUCCAACAGCCCAUCGACAACCAGAUCUUACAGGCCGUACAUGAUGCGUGGGGUCGCGCCCCACCACCCCUGCAGCACAGACGUGUGUGACAGCGACUACACCACCAGCCGCUGGAAAAGCAACAAGUACUACAUGGACCUCAAUUCAGACUCUGACCCCUACCCUCCUCCCCCCACGCCUCGCAGCCAGUACAUGUCAGCGGAGGAGAGCUGCCCACCCUCGCCCUCCACCGAACGCAGCUACUUCCACCUGUGCCCCCGGCCCCCCUCGCCCUGCACGGACUCCUCAUGACACCCGGCAAAUGGCCACGCUUUGUACAUAGUUUUAAAUAGUUUUAAAAGAAGAAACAAAGAUUUUAUUUUAUUUUCCACACGCUUUGUUCAAGAAACAUUUCAGCUUUUUCGAGGAGGAACGGGAAACGGUUUUCCGGACAUUUCUUCCUGGAAAAAAUGCACAGCGGUCGUGCCAGGACAGCGCUUGCACGAGUGAAUUGUGUUGCGAUAUUUUUUUUUGCGCCCCGCCGUAUCGUCGCGAGCUCUUCAGCAAGUCAGAAUAUGAAUAUAUUGUUUUUCAAUAUGGUUAUGAUUUAAUCAUCUUUCUGUUUUCACGAUGCCACUUAAAAAGGAGUUUAAAUGCAAACCAAAUUGUCAAAGUAGCACCAAAAUCAUCCGCUGCGGAGGAGUUGUACAUAUGUGUAAUUAAGUAAAUAAUUAAUUGUUUUCGUAAAGGCCACGAGGUGGCGUUUUGAUUAUGUUCUAUGUGAAUAUGAUACGAUUCCAAGCAUAUGUUUGGUUUGUCCUGUUUACCAAAAGUGUGUUUGCUGCUAUUGUACAUACAUCUUUUACUGUAAAUAAUGACAAAUGAAAACAGCCAGCUAAAAUGUUUUGUUUAUAUAAUGAGAACUGACCAUAGACCAUUGUAAAAUUGUUAUUAAUCUCUCAUAGCGAAAGAGCUUCGGUUGUGUAUAGUCAUAUCUGAAUCUACAUGUGAAACGUCAUUACUUUGAAGGAGAUAUUGUCGUGUUUAGACUUCCGUUUUAAAGAGGCAGUUCCACUAAAAAUGAAAAUCUUGUGGUUCCGAACCGGCACGACUUUUUUUGGUUUCCGUAAAUAAUUAAAGGAGACAUUUAGCAGCAUGUCCAAGCUGCUUUUUCCCAUAAUAAAAGUGAAGGGGGACCAGUCAAAAAAAAGCUACGUACAAGACUUUUUCCAUAUUCUGUUGACUUAGGUCGCAAUGGUCACCUUUCAGUUUUAUUGUUGCAGAGCAGCAUGGACGUUCUGCUAAACGUCUCACAUCGUGUCCUGCGGAGGAAAGAAGGUCACGAGGGUUCGGGACGACAUGAGACGUUCAUAUUAGUGAACUGUCUCUUUAAAGGUAGAAGAAAGUCGCCUGCUUUGUAGUGAACUGCAUGGAUUUUAUCACAUCUCAUGGACUGAACUCAUCGUAGGUGUUUUGUAAAAAAAAACUAAAAGAAUAAUUAUAGUAAUAAUAAUACAGUAAAACUAAGCUAUGAUUUGAAUAAGGAUAUGUGGUUAAUCUUACCACGGUAAUGUGGUAGCAAACCGUUUUUUUUUUAUGCGAUUUAGAAAACUGUUUUGAAAUUGAAAUUUACCCCCCAUUUUUGGCCAAGUUGAAGAAUCAAACAAUUUUUUUCUCUUUAAAAUUCUAUUUCAAAAGAGUAGAUUUGUUUUUCAGGUUUUGUAGCACACGUUGUAUGUCUGUCUGAUCAAAACCAUCACAAUUUUUUUUUUUUUUUAAUUCUCCUUGCCAAAUUAAGCACUUAUGGAAAUUAGAUGUGCGUGUAGAAUUAUAGACGUAGAAGAAGAUGCUAAAUGAGUUUUUCUCUUAACUCAGACUGAUCACGUUAGUUGUGUUUUUACAGUUAGCCAUGCAAAAAGACAUAAAACGGUGUCUUUAAAAUUAGAUGAAAUAAAGAAAAUCAACGAAGACCAGAUGAUGCAGGUUAUAUGUUUCAAGCUGUUGAUCUCAGUACGUGGCCCUUUAAUGUUGUGAAUGUGACUGAAUGGAGUUAAUUUGGAUUUUUAUACCACUUCGGCAGGUCAGUGGAUCGACUGAAUCUGUCUGGAUCGUCCCAUCCACUCACACCGAGGAGCUUUUUGCUUUCCGGUGCGCCACCAAUGUCUUUGUUUUGUGUACAAAAAUGCCUCAUAUAAUGCACACUUGUGACAAUUUUUGUAUCAAAAGCAUUUUUAUAUAUAAUAAAGGUUCUAUUUUAAGAAAUGUAA